AACGACGCUUAUCAGGCUCCGGAUUCAUCAUCCUCUUUCGUUGUGGUGGGUAACGGCAUCUACGUGAUAGGCGGUCUCUUUAACGGAGACCGCAGCUCUGACGUCUGCUUCCUGGACUGUUUGUCUCACACGUGGAGCCGCGUUGAGUCUAUGAAUAUGGCUCGUGCUUCCGCGUCAGCAAGUCUAAUAGACGGGAAGAUAUACGUGAUUGGAGGGUGCAAUGAUCCGUCAAAGUGGUCAGAGGUUUUCGACGUAAAGACUCAAACAUGGGGUGACUGGAAAGUCCCCAGGAUGGUACACAACAUCCACAGAAGCGUGGCGAUGGAGGAGGAGGAGAAGAAGGUUUUCAUUGUAGAUGUGAAACAUCAUGGCCUUUACUUGUCGCCAAGUAAACCUAUAGUUUGGAGCAAUGGGCCAAGGGAAGAUUCUAAAGCGGGAAACAGACACGACUGGUGUUACAUAGGGAAGCGUUUAUACUGUCGUAGUGAUGGCGGGAGGAUACUGUGGUGUGACCCAGUCCCAGGUGAACUUGAUUGGAAAGAAGUCAAGGGUUUGGAACAAGAGCUGCAGCGACCGUACCGAGAAGACCUUUGUAGUAUUAAUCCGUUGACGCUCAUGCCCUGUCAGGUUAGGUAUCCUUAUAUAUGUGGGCUUAGCAGCAACUCUGCUGGGAAUAUUGUCAUCUUCUGGAACGUUCCUGAGAGUAUAGAGCUUUGGUCUGCUGAGAUUUCCAUUGAGAAAGGCCAGGGACUUGCGGAGGUUUGGGGGAAGGUUGAAUGGUCAGGUCCUGUCUUGAAACUUGAGCCUCUCUCAAGCGUUGAGGUUUUAUUUUCUGCUUCUGUCCUUGUCUGAAAUUUAAGUUGCACUCUAAUUAUUACAUUAACUUGUUUUAGGUGUUUUGACUAUCCUUUUUUUUUAUUCUUUCUGUUCCGUUGACUGAUUAGAUUCUUUAAGUUUGUUCCUGUCUUUAAUUUCUCAGUAGUACAGCAGCAAGUCUGGUUUCUUGGAAAAGGAGCAAGUUAGACUUAUGUCACUUUGCUUCCAAUAUGUUAUCGGUUUCUGAUCCUAGACUUCUGAUUUUAUUUUUCUAAAUAUGUGACAGUGCCUUUUGCAUGUGCACCUUAAGAACCUCGAGGCAGCUAAUGUUGAAGGGAAAGGAGAUUUUCAUUUGAAUGAACAUCCGAGGUUAAAACAGUUUCUUCCUUAGAAAGUUGCAGGAGAGUAAGGAAGUAUUGCGUUUAACUUUUUUAAAUGCUCAUUGGUGAUGGACCAUGUUCUGGUUUGACAAUUGAACAGACUUUUACCCUCUUCUCACCUAGGAGACAGUGACUGCAAUGUGAUCAUGUUUCGACGGAAUCAGACUCUUAUGACUAACUAGUGAAUUUCAUUACACAUUUAAAAAAACUUGAGAAGGCCUAUAAAUGUAGGUCUAGUUGCGGCCCAUAAUUAUUUUGGUAUAACCUGGCCUUU